AUGGCCGAAUUUUCCACCAGGUGGUCCAUGGACCCCAUCAGAAAUUCUGAAGCCAUCAGACUCGAGUCAAUAUCUCUGGGAAUUGAGGGUUAGUUAGCUCCAACUAGGAAUAGAAAGAAUCUAACUAUGUUACAGGAAGCCUAGUGGAAGCGGGCAGUUUUACUGGAUUUCUAAAAAGGUCCCCUCCAGACAACGAAGUGUUUGGUCUCACAGCCGCACACUGUGUACCUCCCGCACUUGUCGGGAUGCCCAUCUGUUCACCAUCCACUCUCGAAGUUACUGCCAGACUCAAGUUUCUCUUGCCAUACACAUCUCUGUCUAAGCCAGAAGAUUGUGUUGCUGUCACUGUCGGCCUGGAGGCCGAGGCAAAGUCACUGGUUCGAACAUUCCGAUUCCUGCCAUGUUUGUCUGGUGUUACCUUCAGCGAUCCUUUUGACCAGUUUCAAGAAAAGACUGGAGUUCUUUAUGGUGGGCGCCUUGGUACAAUCGUUGCUCGUGAACUUUCUAGCCAGAACAAACUCCUUUUUAAUUAUGCCCGAGGGCUCUGGAGACUUGGCUUGCCCACUUUCUAUACAAAAAGAUCUUGGCAUACAACUGUAGACUGGUGUAUAUUUUCCUGUGCUCAGAAUAGGUAUGUGUACUCAGUUUACCCUCCAUCUCUGACUCAAUAUAUUCAAAUCCACUAAUUGUCAAAUAACUAUACAGAUAUGGUAGAAAUAUUUAUUCUGAAUACCCGAUUACCGAAACCGGCUAUUUGUAUCCACAUGCAAGGGUAGAAAAAAUUGGACGUAGUAGUGGCUUCCAUGGUGGUUAUGUGAAUCGGAUUUUGUUACAGCAUUGGGGCAAGGGAGGGCUGACUCAUGAGAUUGCUAUCCUGGGCGAUGAUGAUAUCCCCUUUGGGAUCAAUGGGGAUUCUGGUGGUUGUGUGCUUGUCGAUAUGCGUGGGAUAUUUAAAGCAGCAGGCAUUCUCAUUGCAAAAAAUCGCUGCAAUGAUCUUGCCCUUGCAACACCACUUCACCUAGUUCUAGAUUCUGCAAGAAGCUAUCAAUGGGCAUAGGUAG